UGAAAAAAAAACCCACAAGCGUGCAGAUUUAAAAUACUUUACAAAAAAAGAAAAAAAAAAAAAAAUCAAGCAGAGGACAAACCGAUCAGCACAAGCGCCAGAUGUAGGAUCUUCGUAUGUCCAGUAUGAGCGCAUCAACUGGAGACGGAGAGCCUUGCAUCCGCUUGGAUAAUGCAAAGGAAGAAGUCAGUGGUCCUACCUGCACUGGAGACAACAGUAAACAUGAAUCAGCAAUAUGCUCAGGCAGCAGUGAAAUCAAAAGCCGUGCUGUGGUCAAGUACUGUGCAGCCCCACCACCUACCAGCUAUGCCCUUCUGCAGGAAAAGACCGACUUGAAGCUACCUCCUGCCAACUGGCUGAGAGAAAACCCCCAGCUGGGCACCGCUGGGACCACUAUAUUAGGAUCUAGCAGCAAGAGCAAGCCCUUUUCCAGUUUUGGGAUGGCGUACGAGUUCAUCGACUGCAUCGGAGAUGAUGUUGAUGUGGUUUCAGACUCAGAGAACAUCAAGAAGCUUUUGAAAAUUCCCUACAGCAAGUCCCAUCUGAGUAUGGCAGUUCAUCGUGUGGGGAGGACUUUGCUUUUAGAUGAGCUGGACAUUCAAGAGCUUUUCAUGAGAUCCUCUCAGACAGGAGACUGGACAUGGCUGAAGGAGUUUUACCAGCGGCUAAUAGAUCAGAAGUGGCAGAGGAAAAAGAAGAGUAAGGAGCACUGGUAUCAAAAAGCAAUCCUGUCAAAGUUUCUCUAUUAUAGUAUAAAUGGUAAUGGGGCUGCCGAGCCUCAAUCAGAUGGCCUGAAUGAAGGAGAGGAGGAGAGUGGUGCUGAGGAGUUCAGCUCUUCAUGGCCUACAGCCUUCACUAGCACAACGUCUAAUGCAGAAGAAUCAGAAGCUCCCAAACAGGAAAGUGUUACCGUCGACAGCAGUUUUGCUUUGGGCCAGGUGACCUCUGUUCCCAAAGAGCAAAACCUCCCUACAAUCUUCAAUGAAGGAGAGAGCGGCCAGGGUUUAAGAAAUGACUUUGUACGAAACAUCAUGUGGACUUUUGAAGAUAUACAUAUGUUGGUUGGGUCCAACAUGCCUAUUUUCGGAGGUGGCCGUUAUCCUGCCGUCAGUCUGAGACUCAGGGACAACAAUAAACCAAUCAACAUUCUGACAGGUAUCGACUACUGGCUUGAUAAUCUGAUGUGUAACGUCCCAGAACUUGUCAUGUGUUUUCACGUUAAUGGCAUUGUUCAGAAAUACGAGAUGAUAAAAACAGAGGACAUCCCUCAUCUGGAGAACUCGACUUUCUCCACGAGAGUCGUGAAAGACAUCGCCCAAAAUGUCCUUUCUUUCCUGAAGUCCAACUGCACUAAGGAGGGUCACACGUACUGGCUUUUCAAAGCCAGUGGGAGUGACAUUGUGAAGCUUUAUGAUCUUACGACUCUGUGUGAGGAGGCUGAGGAAGAGAAAUAUCAGAAUCCCUUCACUCUUCCUGUGGCUGUAUUAUUAUACAAAGUGGCCAGCAACUUGAUGCUAAAAGCGCGACAAAACAGAAAGCACUAUGGCACAAUCAGAACUCUGCUGCUAAACUGUGUCAAACUUCUGGAUCAAGACAGACAUCCUCAGAUCAUCGCCUCUGCCCACUAUAUGCUGUCAGAGCUGUUCCAGCUCGACGAGCCUCUUGAAGAAGAUGGAGGGGAGUCACUGCGGGCCGGUGGUUCAGAGGACAGCUACAGUGACGAAGACAGGGAGGAGGAGGAAGAGGAGGAUCUGACGGAGGACAGCGAUGAUAAUGGUUCCUACAGUAACUGCUCCAGCCUGCAGGAUGAUAGCAAAGCGGUGGCUGUGAUCCGCUCUGUAGGGGAGCUGUCAGUCCCGGAGAAGUAUAGAUCCACUCACCAGAUCAGACCAAGUUGUGCUUUCCCCGUUUCUCAAGACAAGGAAGAGAGAUGCAGACUUGUCCUGAGCUAUGUGCUUAAGGGAUUAAAGGCGGUGGAUGGCAGCAUCAAGAAAGAGAGCGAUCUUCCAGCUGCUGACCCCAACACACCCAUCCCUCUCAAAUAUGAAGACAGAAGUGCUACUGGAGCCUGUGCAACUGAGAAAGGCAUCUCUCUCCUGCUUGAAAGAGCAGCAGGUCCCUUGCAAGGGGACCAGAAGCACACGACACGCUCAGGGAUGAUCCCUGGCUCCUGGCAGCAUCAUAUGAAGCUGAAACUCUUCUUCAAAGCCUCCAAGGCCUACUAUGUCCUCUCUGAUGCGGCCACUAACUUGCUGAAGUAUGGGCGAGCGUUGCGUUACAUCAAGCUAUCUCUGCAGUGUUAUGAUGCCUAUUGUUCAGUGAGCGGUACACUGCACCCACAUGUGCUGGUGUUUCACAGCCAGUGCCUGUCUCUGUGUGGGGACAUCCAGCUGAUGCUGGCUCAAAAUGCCAACAACAGAGCAGCUUACCUGGAGGAAUACAGCUACCAGACCAAAGAGGACCAGGAGAUUCUGCACAGCCUGCACAGAGAGAGCAGCUGCCAGGCCUUCAGCAUGGCAACAGACCUAGCGAUGGACCCGGAGUACCAGCUGUUUGUUAGCAGUAAGUGCUAUGAGGCAGCAUAUGAACUACUUGUCUCUGAGCCUUUGAAAGAUCUUACUUCAGAUCAGCUGAGUCAGGUUCUCAAACGACUGGGGAAUAUACGCAAUGAGAUGGGAGUCUACUACAUGAACCAGGCUGCAGCCAUGCAGGCUGAGAAAGAGGUGAAGAAAUCUGUGUCUGCAGCAGAGCAGGAGAUGUGGAAAAAGAGCUUUGGCUUCUUUGAGAAAGGGAUGAAGGACUUUGAAGCCAUUGGGGACAGCACUAACACAGCCUUACUGCUGUGUAAUACUGGCAGGCUGAUGAGAAUCUGUGCCCAGGCCCACUGUAACCUCUCUGGCGAUGAAAGCAGAGGAGAGUUUUCACCCGAAGAGGCUCUUUACUACAACAAGGCUAUAGACUACUACCUGCAGGCCAUGAAAGCAUUGGCAAGCAGAGAGAAGCACUCAGCAGUGUGGGACAGUGUAAACUGGGAAUUGUCCACUACGUACUUCACACUGGCCACCCUUCUGCAGGACUAUGCCCCAGUAUCGAGGAAGGCCCAGGAACAGAUUGAGCGAGAGGUGACCGAAGCAAUGAUGAAGUCUCUAAAGUACUGUGACCUGCAGACUGACUCUGCUCGGCAGCCGCUCUACCAAUACAGAGCUGCCACCAUCCACCACCGCUUGGCUUCUAUGUACCACAGCUGCUUUCGCAAUCAGGUGGGGGAUGAACACUUGAGAAAGCAGCAUCGGAGCUUGGCAGAGCUUCACUACAGCAAGGCUGUCAGUUUAUUCCUCAGCCUCAAAGACGCGCCCUGCGAGCUGCUCCGCACGUUGCUGGAGAGGGUGGCUUUUGCUGAGUUUACGAUGGCAGGUCAGAACAGCAGCACAGCUAAGCUGAAGAGCCUGACUGGAGCAAUAGAGAUCAUGACAGAAACCCGCCAUGCUUUCCAACUGAUUCAUAAAGAGCUGCAGGAGGAGCAGACAGAGUUGAAUGAACCAGACGCUGCUGAGUCAGCAGAGUCUUCCGACGUAGCCAAUGGCCCAAUGGCAGGACUGAACCUCCAGGAAGUAAUGAAGUUAAUUGGCGUAUUUGAGCCCAGUUUCUCCUUCCUGCUCCUGCAGGUGAUCAAACUGAUGACGACAGCGAAACGUAAACCAAGCAAUAAGGACGAGGAGCUGCUGAAAACCUAUAAGAAUGUAUACUCCAAGCUGCUUCGUGCUGAGAAAAACGCUCCUCUUGUCAGCCGCGUCGAACUCUACGUUGAGCUCCUGCAGCAGCUGACGCAGCGGACAGGAAGUGACGACACAGGCACACGCAAGCCAUAACAAGGAAGACCCUCAAGAAUCUGACUCUGCUCUUUGGACCUCGCCAAACUUCCAGGUUACAUUUUGGAGAAGACUUGACAUCCUCAAAGAUGCGGUGACAUAAAAUAAUGGCUCAUAGUCACAAUAACAUUCAAACACUCAGGCAACCUGUCUUACUCUGAAUUACAGUCUCAAAGCUAACUUCACCUCCAGCGCCUUCAUCUUUUUCUAACAUUUGCGUCACAGGUUUUAAACUGUAGAUUUUUGUGAAGACUUGUAAAUUCAGAUGCUAUUAUUUAAUUUUAUGAUGGCUUAGCUAGUUUUGGGUCACUUCUAAAGCUCUUACGCAUUUAUGACUGUACCAAACAUCUAAAAUUAUUAUUACUAUUAUUAUUAUUAUUUUUUCUUUUCUACAGACACAAAAAAAUGUGAUGACAAUUUAAAAGCUGUUAUUACCAAAUAUAAUGCAACACAAAGGAGCUUAAAAAUAACAAGCUUAGCAAAGUAUGAGAUUCUUUUCAAUUUAAUUGGCAUUUUUGAUAUUCAAUAAUGCCAGUGAAGCUGUGAAUAAAAUAAACUGAUGUGUGACAGGCUUAAAUAAGCUAAAACGUGUUAUUUGCGUUUCCAAAAACAACAAUGUGCAAUAGAUUGGAAGCAUACAGUGCAAGCUUUAGAGGUUAGUUCGUCCACAGUGCUGUUGAGGUUUUGUUUUGUUUUUUUAUCAGCAUGGUUUGCUGUGGGAUGAUAAUAAUAAAAUGUUUUUGA